AUGGCUACAGCAGUGAGCGCUUGUUUAGUGUUACUUAUUCUAAGUUUAACAGUGAAUGUAAACAGUCAAACAUGUUCAGGUAUAUCUCAAUAUGGUCAAUGUUCAUCAAAUAAUGGAUGUGGUUGUUUACAUUUAUCGUUUACUGAUGAUAUUGGUAUUUGUGCUCUUAUUGGAGUCAGUUGUUCGAGACUUAGUCCAUGCCAAUCACCAAAUGAUGCUUGUCAGGAAACUGAUCACAUUUGUGUUCGUCAUCCUCAGUGUAAUUCUCAACCUCUUUGUUAUCCAUUGUCAAUGGUUGAUCAAAGAUUAUGUCCACCAGCAAUGACAACAUUCAUUCCAACAACACCAUCAACAACAGGAUUCCAAUGGACAUCAAUGACCACAAUAGGAAGACCAAUGACAACAACAGGAUUCUCAUGGACAUCAAUGCCAACGAUAAAUUCAACGAGUAUUAUUUCAAACUAUUCCAGUGCGUUAACAGUUGACAGCGAAAGAUAUUCUCGUAAUGGAAAUUUCAAUUUUUCCAAUUCCACCGAUGCAACUUUUACAGAUGGAAAUUUUACAGAUGGAAAUUUUACAGAUGGAAAUUUUACAGGCAAUCAUUACUAUGAAGCAAUUCAAAUCCUUGUGAAUACAACAGGUUACUAUACUUUCAAAAGUU